UCGACACAUCAAGCAGACAGUACAUGUUGUGAAGAGCAAGGCGAAGGAAGUAGGGAUAGUUUAACCACCAUCUAGGCGCCGUAUUUGCGCUUUAAUGUACCAUCAAAAACAUCAAUGAGUAAUCAAGAUAACAUCACUGCCGAGGAAACUCUCGUGAAGACCGAUCGGGAAGCUUUGAGUGACGAAGACCGCAAGUUGAAGGAUAAAGUCACCGGAACUGUGAAAUGGUUUAAUGUCAGAAACGGUUAUGGUUUUAUAAAUAGAAACGACACGAAUGAAGACGUUUUCGUCCACCAGACUGCCAUAAUUAAAAAUAACCCAAACAAAUAUCUUCGUAGUGUUGGAGAUAAUGAAGUUGUUGAGUUUGAUGUUGUGGAGGGUGCAAAGGGAAAGGAAGCCAAGAAUGUGACUGGACCAGAUGGUACAGCUGUUCAAGGCAGCAAAUAUGCGCCAAACAGAAGACCAAGAUACCGUAGAACCAUCCGACCAACACCAAGGCCUAGAAGACCUCCUCCUCCAGCCAACACUGAUGGUGAGGGUGGCAAUGAGGGUGAUCAAGAAGAAAGAGAUGAUGCUAAUUCCCCUCGAAACUACCGCCCUCGUUAUUACAGGCCAAAUCGAAGAUACUAUCGGCGUUACAAACCAUCUCCUCAGACAGAUGAUAGUGCCUAUGAUAGGUCAGGUAAUGAGACGCAACCAGAUUCAGAGCAGAGAGAAGAGGUAGAAAGAAGGCCCCCUAGACGAAACAGAAGAAGACCACGUCGUCCACAGAAUGAGGAUCCAGCAAGUGAUGGCCAGGUUGCAAGUGAUGUACCUCAAAGUGACACUCAAACUAUGGACACGCCUGCUGGUGACGGUGAUGAACGAGAGGGUGAGAGUGAAGAGCCCAAGAGAUAUCGACCACGCCCACGGAGACGCAACUACUACAACAGGCCCAGGCGUCGUCCGCGACAGGAUGAUGUUGAUCAGCAAACUGAAGAAUCCAAUAAUCAACAGGAAAGUCAAAAGAAUGGUGAUAACCACGAUGAACCUCAACAAUACCAGGAUCAAGAACGUGAUGACCAAAGGGAUGAUCGGCCACCUCGACGACAACGACAACGUCGAAGACGAAGAUACAACAAUCGACCACCGAGAAAAGGUGGCGAGGGAGAAGAAAGUAAAGACGAACCACAGGAUUCUGCGCCUCCACGAGAAAAUGGACCACCGGAAGAGCGUGCAUCUCCCGGUGUGGUUGCUUAACUAAUCGCCCACUGCGUACCGUUCACGGCUUAACGAACUUAAUACUCAAUAAAUUUAUAUUUUCUACCUGUUAUUAAUGGCAAAGCGUUUACUUAUAUAUCUCGAGUUUAGUGCAUCGACCUAACCAAUGAAGUUGUUGUGAUUUUACGAUUAAAUAUCGACAUAAUUUGAGUAUUUGGAUUGCGAGAACUGGUUGUUGUCAUCAUAGAUAUGUAUUUUCCGCUUCUUAUUAUAUUGCUAGUUUCACCUGUAUUUAUGUGAGAAUUCUGUGACGGUACGGAAGAAUAAAGAUUUGUUAUAUA